CUCAUCAGCGUUCAGCCAGUUCUUUGUCAUCCAUCAUAAGCAAACAUGCCUCGCAACAGCAGCGCCAGCGUGUUCGGAGGAGCCGGGGGGAGGGGCGUCAAGGCGUCCGUGUCCAGCCUUGACGGACUCCGCAAAGUCCUCCGCAAUGACCGCAACGAGACGGAGAGAGACUCCCCUCUGGUCACUCCCACCGCCGCCCCGGUCACCGCUUCCCAGCCCAAUGGCAGUCCUGCCCCCACCUCGCUCCCAGAGGACAACAAGCAGCAGCUGCAGACCCUGAACAACCGCCUGAAGAACUUCCUGGACAAGGUGCAGCAGCUGAAGGAGGACAACAGCAAGCUGCAGGAAGAAAUCGAUUACAUUCUGGCCAAGAGGAAGGCUCCUGAGGGCAGAAACUGGGAUGAAAUCCAGAAACCACAGGAUGAGCUUGACAAGGAGAUCAAGGAACUCACCUUGGAAAAUGCCAAGCUGUUGCUCCAGAUUGACAACUCCAAGCUGGCCCUGAAUGACUUCAACAACAAGUUGGACGAUGAGUCCAAGAUGAAGAAGGAGUUGGAAAGAGACAUAGACAAUCUGAAAAAGGACAUCGAGGAGACCAAGCAGACCCGAGAACAGCUGCAGGAGGAGACGGAACUGGUCAAGGAAGAGGUGAAACGCCUUGAGACCGACCACAAGAAGGAUGUUGACGAGCUUCGUGAGAAGAUCAAGAACUCGGAGGUGACGGUGGAGAUUGACUCCCAGGACUCCAACUUGGCUGACAUUGUCAAAAACAUACGGCACCAUUACAAAAAGCUGGCUGACAGAAACAUGAAGGAGACAGAGGAAUGGUACAAGGACAAGUUUGAGAACAUCCAGGUGAAGGAGGCCCAGAACAACGAGGCUUUGGAGUCUGGAAAGACAGAGUACAACAAGCUGCUGAAGGAGAAGAAAAGCCUGGAAAUGCAGAUUCAGGCUAGCCUCGGCACGAUCAAGGCUUUGGAGAACAAUCUGAACAAAGUCAAGGGUGAGAACAACAACCGACUGAUCCCCCUCAACAGAGUCAUAGUCAACCUGCAGAACGAGCUGAAGGAAGUGAGGGGUCAGGUGGAGCAGAAGGUGGAGAGCUACAAAAAGCUGAUGGGCAUCAAGAUGAAGCUGGAGAAAGAAAUCCAAGAGUACGGCAAGCUGAUGGCCGUAAUGACUGAUAAGGAGAGCAUGGAGUUUAAUAUAGCGGAUGCAUUGGCACGGGAACCCCCAAAUCCUAAUAAGCAGGGCAAGGAAGGGCUGGAUGACGUCCGCGUCCCCAAUACCCAGUCCAAAGCGUCCAACAUUCAUCGUCCUGAAGUGCUUGUGGAAGAUUGAUGCUUUAAAAGCGGCUCUGAUCUGUUUUGUUUCUGUCACUCGGUAAAAGAAAAAUGAUCGGUGUUUUCAAAGCUGCGUAAUCAGUGUGGGGCUUCUUCAAACGUGUCCUCUGUGGUGUGAGCAAAAAUAAAAUUGGUUUUCAAUGCAGAAA